AUGCAGCCCCACGGGGACCUGCCAGAGGGGAGCACCACUCCCCAGACUAACACGUCUUGCCUGGCGCCAGCGGCCCCGGGGCCCCGAAGCCGCGGGACCGAGUUCCACGGGCUCCGCCGGGCUCCAAGUUCUCCGAGCGCCCACGGGCGAGCCGCGCCGGCCACUCCGGGCGGGCCCGCGCGCUCCUCGCGCCGCGCGCCGCAAGCAUGUGCCGCGCGAGUGGCCCGGAAGAGAAAUGACAGCUUCGGCGAAACGCACACCGCGGCGCGGCCCGGCCCGCGCCGCCCCGGCACCCACUUCCCGGCCGAGAGCCACGCCGCGGCCGCGGCUGCGCACCGCCGGGCCCCGGGCCUCGCUCCCGCCGCCGCGGCCUGCCCGCCGCCCGCCGGCCGCUUACCUCAGCGCGAGGGCGGGGAGGAGGCCACGGCGCCGCUGGAGUCGGGGCGGCGCGGAGAAGACGCUGCUUGGCCCUUCCGCUUCUCACAGGCUCCGGCUUUCGGGGCGGCGCGGGCGGAACAAACGGGCUCCACUACCCGCGGAGUUUGCCACGCCCCCAUCCGACUGAGCCUAUGA